UGCAGAAGCGGUUUGAGAUUGCUAGAGUCGAGGUAAAGCAAUUGCCAGGAAUAGACUACAAUAAAGAAGAGCAACUUCAAAGGUUGGAACUGCUACGGAACCAGCUUAAAUUAAAACAACAGCUUAUCCGUAAAUAUAAAGAUACCACGCUUUAAAAUAACAGUAAAAUAUAAGGUGGAACUAAUAUAAAUGCAAAAUGGUAUUUCGAUUCUUGCUACGGUAUUUGGCUAACAAUGAACAGCUAAUACAGCGCAUGGCUGAAAGUUAUCCCAUGCGGCGCGCUGCUCAAAUGGUUGUAUCCAUCAUGUAUCGUACAAAGAAUAUUGCUCAGGAGCGUGGUUUACAUGAGAUGACGCCCCAGCGCUUUAAAUCUUUUAUGGCUCUUUUUAAAAAUAACAUCAAGAAAGAAAUAGAAGGACUAAAGGAUGAAAUAAAGAAAAAACCUUUUUGAAAAGAUUAUUUUGUUGGAUAAUAAAUAUUAAUCUGUAUGAUAAAAACUGUAAAAUAUGAAAUAAGUAUAAUAAGCAGGCCCAGAAAAUAUCCAUUUUUAAUUUUAAUUAUAUAAAAAUGAUUCUCAAACUCAGAAAAAGUGCUGAUAAGGUAAAAUCCUAUCGACAAAGUAGCGUACUACACAUAAUUUCCAAAAUCAUGGAAGUUCUUCAUAAAAUGUUGAUUCCAAUCAUAGAAAAGCGAAAACUUAUUCCCAAUAAAAUAUUUUGGCUUCAUGAAAAAA